AUGGAGCUGCUGCCGCUCUCCCCUCCGCGCGCCCACGCCGGCUUCCUCACCUGCAGCUCCACUCCCGUCGUCCUCGGGCUCCGCUCCCACUCCGCCGCCGCCGCUCCAAGCCGGCGCGCGCGGCCGCUGCUCGCCCGCAGGAACCGGAACAGCCGGAGCGACGAGGAGACCGCGGCGGAGCCCAAGGUCAUCACGCUCGGGCGGCCGGGGAAGAGCCGGCGACGCCGCAGCAGGAAGCAGCAGACGCCGCCGAAGGAAGAAGCAGACGACAAUGAGGAGGAGGAGGAGGAGGACGAGGACGAGGACGAGGACGAGCGCGACGCAACGAUCCCGGAGGUGGUGACGAACCGGAUGAUGCGGCGUGUGGGCGCGUCGGUGGGCCUGCCGCUGGCGCUGGGCGUGGGGUUCUUCCCGGUGUUCUACUACCUGAAGGCGGUGGCGAAGGUGGACGUGCCGACGUGGAUCCCCUUCGGCGUGUCGUUCGUCUUCUUCGGCGCGGCGCUGGCCGGGGUGAGCUACGGCAUCGUGUCCGCGAGCUGGGACCCCGCCCGGGAGGGCUCCCUGCUCGGCUGGAACGAGGCGCGCCGCAACUGGCCCGUCUUCUGGGACUCGCUCCGGGGACGCUCCUCCCCGCCUCGCCGGGGCUAG